ACGGUUCAGUCUUCGUUUUUCUCGUGCGUAGAAAAGACUCACCCCUCCCGCAUAGCGUCCUCUCUCUCGCGGCUGAGAUCGAUUUUUCUUAGCAGCAGCAGCAGCAGCAGCAAGCAAAAGUGCAAAAGCGCAAAGAAAUAAAACGGGAAAUAGCGACAAAAGCGAGUGGUCCCUAUUUUCCUUACCUCCCUCGUUAGUUUUUGGUGAAAGUGCAUUAGUUAAACGUUUUUUUUUUUUUCAACUAUCCCGGUUAAUUCCCGCACACACUCAUACUUCCACAUUUACACACACCCAUACUUGGUACGUUCGAUUUUUUUUUGCAACCGACGACGCGUCGAACGGAUUCUUCUAGACUAAAUAGAAGGAAGGAAAGGAACGUGCAAGUCUGUGGCCGUUUUUGUUUGUUUGUUUGAAAUCACUUUAACUUCACACAACUCCGUGUUCGUGCCGUUUUGCCCAUUUUAUCCCAAAUGGACCCGAGUAAGGUUUUGGGAUAAAUAUUACUUUACAACCAAAAAAAAAAGGCUCUCUCUACGACCGCCUCGCCGCCGUUCCCGUCAAACGGUGAAUUCGCGUCAUCAAGCGAGAAAGGAGAGAGUGAGAGCAAGAGGAAGCGCGCUAAAACAAAGCAAGUUGUACACCAGACAGAAUGGCGGAGUCGGAGGACUUAAGUAAUAGCAGUAGUAAUAGUAGUAGCAGGGAGGAUAUGCACUUUUUCGAAGGUGUGGAAAAGCUGCUGGAAAUGUUCGAACCGUCGACAGCGUGCAAGAAUGCCGAUCUGCGAAAGAUCCCCAGACCGAUGUGGGAUGCACUGCUGAAAACCGUACGUUGCGAAAUCAUCAGCUUCACCAGAAACGACCAGAUCGAUGCUUAUGUGCUCAGCGAAAGCAGCAUGUUCGUGUCGAAGCGUCGCUGGAUACUGAAGACGUGCGGUACCACGACGCCGCUGCAGUGCUUCGAGCCACUGCUACGCCUGGCCGCCGAAAUUGCCGGCUACACCGAGAUCGAGGAUCUGUUCUACUCGCGCAAAAACUACAAGCGCCCGGAGCUGCAGGUGUCGCCGCACCGCGGCUUCGACGAGGAGGUCGCCUUUCUCGACUCGUUCUUUGACGACGGGCGCGCCUACAGCCUCGGUGCGAUCAAUCGCGACUGCUGGCAUCUGUACACGCUGAGCCGCGGGGGAGGGGGCUCCAAAAUUCUCAAACGCAACAACCAUCUCCAUCAGCUGAUGGAGCAGCACCAUUCGCAACAGCAGCAGCAAGAGGUCGAUGAUGUGCAGCAACUCGAUGCUCAGCUCAUUGAAGCAUCGAUGCAGCCCGAUCCGGAUCAGACGAUCGAGAUACUGAUGACGGAUCUGGACCCGAGCGUGAUGGCCAUCUUCACCAAGGAUGUCUGCACAACCGCCAAGGAGGCGACCCAGAAAUCGGGUAUUCAUCGUCUGCUGCCGGGCAUGGUCAUCGAUGAUUAUCUGUUCGAUCCGUGCGGUUAUUCCAUGAACGGCAUUUCCAAGAAUGGAUGUUACAUGACCAUCCACAUCACGCCGGAACGUGAGUUUUCGUACGUCAGCUUCGAGAGCAAUGUCGCGUCGUCGGAUUACGGCGAGCUGAUCAAGCGCGUCACCCGCACGUUCCAGCCGGGCAAAUUCAUCGUGACCGUGUUUGCAAACAAGACAUCAAUUGCUGCGAACGCCAACCGGGAGAUCGAGCAUUUGGGCACGAUCGAUCAGUGGAAGCGUCGCGACAUUCAGUACUCGCGCUUCGCCAGCUACGACCUUACGUACGCCCAAUACUGCAAAUACCCUAGCUGAGGUUUACCGUGCCUAGCUCCACCGGCAGGGGCUAACCUUCCCUCUCCCCUUUCCCUUCCCGCCCUCCGCCCGCCGUCGUCUGAUGCGUUCUCUGACGAUGGCGGUGCACCAGCAACCGGUUGUCCCACCAUUUCCCUUCCCACUUCCGAAACAACCGCCACCGCCCCGAUACGUCCCGAGCAGAAGCGUGCGCCGCUGAAACCUAUCGCUUCCCCCAUCGCUCCAUCGCUUCCACUGUCGAUCGCAUUCGCUCGGUUGAUCUUUAGCAUCUUUCCCGCGCUUAUCGGCACGUUCGGUGUCGGCCCGAAGAAGAGCGUCGAGGGGCAACGUCCCGAUCGGCCUGCGGCCAUCACCAACCCGGAUAGGCGCAACGGAAAAUGCCACAAGCAGCAGCUAAACAAUGGUCACGAAACACGCCAGCCGGACGAAUGCUACUACCGUUCGUUGCCCGAUCGUCUCUACGCCCAGCUACACCCGUACCGUGCCCUCGGCAAGACCACGCUGCUUCCGCCGCAGAUGUUGCUGAAUGAAAUGGACUCAACCGCCCAAUCGCAUCUGUUUAUGGAACAGCAGCAUCCCUUUGGUGAUGAAAUGGGUACGACUAUCGCCACCACCACCACCACCACGACCGCCACCCAGCCGGACUACGGCGAGCUCCAGUUCUACGGGCAGCUGAAGAAGCUGCUCGACCUGCCGGUCCUGUUUGCCAUCUGCUUCGUGCAGCUGAUCUCGUUCGUGCUCGUGCUCAACAUCGAGGAGUGCUCCCCGCUGGUGCUCUUUUCCUGGUGGCGUAACAAGAUCUCCUGAAAUUGACUAGCCGUCGUCGCUCGCCGCAGCCUUCAGUUCUGAUUACAGCCGCCACCAUCAUCACCAUCCCCACCGUCGUCGUCGUCGUCGUCGUCAGGGACCGGACCGACAGCAGCAGCAUCAUCAUUGCGAUACGUUUGUUAUGUUGAGUGUUGUUAUGAUUAUUAUUUAAUUAAUAAUACGGUAGCAGCAGCAAUAACAGCAGCAGCAGCAGCAGCAGCAGCAAGAAGAUCCGGACUGCCGCAAUACGAUCGCCGCCAGCAGCAACAACAACAACAGCAACUGCGGGUUAUAAGACGGCGAGCAUGCAAGAUGUCUGCUACUAGCAGCAGCAGCAGCAGCAGCAGCAGCAGCAUUUGGUCGCAAGCUUACCUUUGUGCGUUUGGUUGUUCUGCCAAAGGAAAGGGGCAACCCUUCCCAUCUCUUCCAGCGUUUUCUUUUCGUACCGAAGCGCACCACAGCGUCGUUUCGUUAGUAGAUUCUAAGACUAUCUGCCAGCUUCCUGUCGCAGAUCACUCUUACCAUCACGAUCAGCUGGCGGUGUCUGGGAAGAGUUGGAGCAAGAAAGACGGCUUUGAGAGUGCUUGUUUAAUGAGGGGGGAAAACGAUUCCUCCAUGGAUGUGGCGAGAGCAGCAGAGCAACAACGACGUGCUGCAUCUUCAAGCAAACGACGGGAAAGUAAGCAGUGGCGCAAAAGCCCACUCAAGCGGGAUACUACACAGAAAGCUUCCAACAAUACUUCUGUACCAGCAGCAGCAGCAGUAGUAGCAACGGUACCCAAAAAUAACAGCACCACUUGCUUAGUGUUAGGAAUAGAGGAAACAUUACCAGCCGCACUUCGUCUAGGGCCACCACAGAGUACCAUCCUUCCUAUCGCCCAUAAUCAGGAAACGAGUUUAGCAGAAGGACCCCAUUCCUUUAUACUACUACUGCACUGCGGUGCAUCGUUACUGAGCAUUGCACGGCUUCUAGCACCGGCAGUACAGCCCAUCAUCUUUGCCUUUCUAAUCUCACUCGAUCUGUACUCGUAGCAGCGACUGAACGCCUCUUGCAGUCGGCACGCCCACCCGUUCGGUCGUGGAAUGCCGAUUGCAUAUAGGUAGCAUUUACUUUUAACAUUACCUCCCCAGUUUGGGGAGAGAGAAAUAGG